AUGGCGGCCAGCGCGGCCACGUCGCUGCUCGGCAAGCGGCGCAGCCACGUCGUGCGCGCGCGCGGCGGCGGGGCGCCCAUCGCCAAGCAGCCGCGGCCGGCGGGCAGCAGGGAGUGCAAGCAGUGCCAGGGCUGCGGAAAGGUUCUAUGCUACACGUGCGCCGGCGCAGGGCGCCUGAACAGCCCCGGCGUGGUGGUGCUGCCAAAGGGCGAGGGCGUUGAGUGGUGCCCUCACUGCCGGGGCACUGGACGGGAGAAGUGUCCCUGGUGUUUUGCAUACGACUUGACGCUGGGCGCGGCGGCGCGCCUGCAGCGGCAACUUGAGGACGCUCCCAGCAGCAGCAGCGACGGCGGCGAAAGCAGCUACGGGUCAGGGGCGUCGCCUUGGGAAGGGUCCGACAUGGUCAGCGUGCUGCCGCCGCCGGGAGCGCCGCAGAAGGUGAUUGUGGUGCUACGACACGGGGCAUCCACCUGGAAUGAACAGGGCAGGAUUCAGGGCAACACCGAUGAGUCAGAGCUCACCCAGGCGGGGUGGGAGCAGGCGCUGCGGGCGCGCGACGCGUUGCAGGACAUCCAGUUUGACAGCGGCAGCAGUAGCAACAGCACCGGGCGCAGCAGUAGCAUUGACCGCAGCAGCAGCAGCUGCAACAGCAGCAGCAAUAGCACAUGGCGCAGCAGCAGCAGCAGCAGCAGGGGCAGCAGCAAGGGCAGCAGCAGCAGCAGCAGCUAG